AUGAAUCCCUUUGCCAAGCGAGACGAGCAUUCCUCGCAGGCCAUUCUUCUCUACAAAAUCACCACGUCCCUCAGCUACGUGCUUCUCGUCGUCACUACCUUCUACUACACGUUCCACGCCCCCAAAGGCCACGGCAACCACCGCUUCUGGCACAACAAUCCCCCCACGCCAUUUGCCCAGAGCAGCCUCUUCACCUCGAUAUACUGGCUCAUCCUCUUCACCGCCCAGCUGCUCUACGCCUACGCCCUGUAUACCAGCGAUGCCGUGUACGUGACGUCGGCGGCCAACAUUGGCUCUCAUUUCAUCGCAAACAAUCUGCUCUUGUUCGGCUUUGUCAACUUGUUUGUGCGCAGCCACUUUUGGCUUGCAGAGGUGCUGCUCGUCAUCAACUUUUUCAACCUCUCGUUUGCCUACUUUCGCCAUAGCACUAGCCCCAGGACCAUUCAUAUUGGCACCGUCAGCGGCCCGCUUGCCUGGAACUUUGUCGCCCUCUACUGGGUCGGCGCCGUCGCCGUGCAUACCAACCAUGAGGCUGCGCGCAUCCUCGCCAAUAUCUUCAUCUGGGGCUGGCUGGCAUAUGGCAUGUUUUUCCUGGUGGCGUACAAGGAUUACACCAUGGGCUUUGCCUUGUCGCUUUUGUCGUUUUCAACCGGAGUAGGUCAGUUCCUUACGCGUCCUCACAUCCUGCAAUUGCAGUGGAUCUUUGCCUUUUCCAUUGGCGGUCUCUUGUUUGUGCUCAGUCUGGCCGUGGCCAUGCCAGGCUUGCUGGGUCGCGAUCCUUUCCCACGCGGCCAGAUUGUCAGUGAAGAGAGGGAGAGGGCGCCAUUGCUGGCUGAUGAUUGA